CUCUCUCCCUUUAUCUCGAUCUGACUGUCUGACAUAAGAAUCCACCAGAAUCACUCUCUAUCAAACAUCUGUGACUUCCAGGGCCACCUCACACCACCAGACAAAACCUCUUUCUUUCUUUCUCUCUCUCUCUAACAUGAUGUUUCUGACUUCGUACUCCAAAUUACCAUCUCAUCUUUCUUCACCACCAGCUGCUCAUCUCUUUGUUGCGAAUUUUAUCUUUUCCAUCUCCUUUCUGGCUCUGUGUCCUUUCCAAGAACUGUUAUCUCCACCCACCAUUCUAGGUCGAACCAACAAAGCUACUUCUCUUAACACUUGGGGACGAUCCUUGAGGAAGAACCCCAGUUACCCACCAUGCCAAACCUGGUCGUGGAAGUCCUCGACGCGAGCGAUCUGAAGCCCAAGGACGGGCAAGGCUCCGCGAGCCCGUACGUGGAGGUGGAGCUGGACGAGCAGCGGCAGAGGACGCAGACCAAGGACAGAGACCUCAACCCCCAGUGGAACGAGAAGCUCGUCUUCAAUAUCGGCGACCCGAGGAGCCUCCACGACGAGACCAUCCAUGUCAUGGUGUACAAUGACACCAAAGGAGGUCACCACAAGCAGUUCCUCGGCCGGGUAAGGAUCUCUGGUGCUUCGGUCCCUUUGUCUGAAUCGGAGGCCUCGGUCCAAAGAUACCCGCUUGAUAAGCGCGGCCUGUUUUCGCACAUCAGUGGCGAUAUUUCGCUUAGGAUUUAUGCCGCUCGUGAUGGUUUUGGUGCUUACAUGUCGCCCCCAAAUGUUGGUCCUAACGAUAGUGUUGAAGCUGCAGAGGCACCUCUGGAAGAGGCCGAUUUUAGAGGUAACAACAAGCUUGGUAAUGACCACGUUGGUGUCGAUCAUCAUCAUCAUCAUGUCGAUUUCGAUGAGAGGAAGAAGAAGAAGAAGAAUAAGGACCCGGAAGUGAGGACUUUCCACUCCAUCGGAGCUUCGGCUCCAGCCGGCGCUCCUCCGGCGUCGAGUUUUUCCUCGGGUCCCGGGGUCGAAGCCCAUUUCAUGAAGGAGAAGGCGCCGAGCGUCGAGACCAGGACUGAUUUCGCCCGAGCGGGCCCGGCUUCCCUCAUGCAAAUGCGGAUGCCAGGCCAGAACCCGGAAUUUGCCUUGCAGGAGACUCGGCCGCCGGUGGCGGCACACUUGCGUUACCGGGGAGGGGAUAAGACCACCACUACUUAUGAUCUCGUCGAGCAGAUGCGUUAUCUGUACGUGAAUGUGGUCAAGGCCAGAGAUCUUCCUCCAAAGGAUGUUACCGGGAGCCUCGAUCCCUAUGUGGAAGUGAAGGUUGGGAACUACAGAGGAAUCACAAAACACUUGGAGAAGAACCAGAACCCCGUGUGGCGUCAGAUAUUCGCGUUCGCCAAGGAGCGGUUGCAGUCGAAUUUCCUCGAGGUGAUCGUGAUGGACAAGGAUCUUGUUUUGAAGGACGAUUUCGUGGGGAGGGUCGUCCUCGACAUUUCGGAGGUGCCUACUCGAGUUCCUCCGGACAGCCCUCUGGCCCCGCAGUGGUAUAAGUUGGAGAACAAGAAAGGAGAGAGAUUCAGAGGAGAGAUCAUGCUCGCCGUGUGGAUCGGGACACAAGCCGACGAGUCAUUCCCUGAGGCCUGGCAUUCCGAUGCGCACAACAUUAGCCACGCGAACUUGCAAAAUACUCGAUCCAAGGUCUAUUUCUCGCCGAAGCUCUAUUACCUUCGGGUUCUUGUCAUGGAAGCUCAGGAUCUUAUUCCCACCGAGGGCGGUCGACCGGUCGACACAUACGUCAAGGUUCAGGUAGGGAACCAGGGAAGGGUAACUAGACCUUCCCAGGUGAAGACUGUGAAUCCCGUGUGGCACGAUGAGCUAAUGUUUGUGGUGUCCGAGCCGUUUGAGGAUCUCAUAAUCGUGUCGGUCGACGAACGGGUAGGUCCCGGAAGGGACGAGCCCUUAGGGAGGUUGUUGAUUCCAGUUAGGAACAUUCGGCAAAGAGGCGAUACCGCCAAGCUGCCUGAUCCUCAGUGGUUUAACCUCCACAAGCCAACUAUUAUCGAAGAGGGAGAGAAGAAGAAGGAACCAAAAUUCUCUAGCAAGAUUUGCAUCCGGUUCUGCCUGGAAGUUGGGUAUCAUGUUCUCGACGAGUCCACACAUUUCAGCAGCGAUCUUCAGCCAUCGUCGAAGAUCUUAAGGAAGCAGAGCAUUGGGAUUCUUGAGCUCGGGAUCCUGAGCGCUCGAAACUUACUUCCUAUGAAGGGGCACAGGACUACCGACGCCUAUUGCGUAGCCAAGUACGGGAACAAAUGGGUCAGGACCAGGACUCUCCUAGACACCCUGGCUCCGCAGUGGAACGAGCAGUACACUUGGGAAGUUUACGACUUGUGCACCGUGAUCACGAUCGGAGUUUUCGACAACUGCCACAUCAACGGAAAAGACGAGGCUAGAGAUCAGAGAAUCGGGAAAGUGAGAGUUCGUCUCUCGACUUUAGAAGCCGAUCGAGUGUACACUCACUACUAUCCCCUCCUCGUCCUGCAACCCAACGGCUUGAAGAAGCACGGGGAGCUCCAUUUGGCUCUACGGUUUACUUGCACGGCGUGGGUGAACAUGGUGGCUCAAUACAGCAGGCCUUUGCUUCCGAAAAUGCACUACAUCCAACCCAUACCUGUUCGGUACAUCGAUUGGCUCCGGCACCAAGCCACGCAGAUCGUGGCGGCGCGCCUGGCCCGGGCCGAGCCACCACUUAGGCGUGAAGUUGUGGAAUACAUGUUAGAUGUGGAUGCCCACAUGUUCAGCUUGAGGAGGAGCAAAGCCAAUUUCAACCGGCUCAUGUACCUUUUUUCGAGCAUCACCGCCCUUUGCAGAUGGUUCGACAGCAUUUGCCACUGGAGGAACCCCGUGACCACCUGUCUCGUUCACAUACUGUUUUUUAUACUCGUUUGCUACCCGGAGUUGAUCUUGCCGACGAUUUUCCUGUACUUCUUCGCAGUCGGGAUUUGGAAUUACCGAUUCAGGGCGAGGCACCCACCACAUAUGGAUGCCCGGCUGUCGCAAGCGGAUGCAGUCCAUGUGGACGAGCUAGACGAGGAAUUCGACACAUUUCCCACAAGCAGGCAUCCGGAUAUUGUGAGGAUGAGGUACGAUAGGCUGCGGAGCAUUGCAGGCAAGGUCCAGACCGUGAUGGGGGAUUUAGCCUCGCAAGGCGAACGAGCACAAGCAAUAUUGAGUUGGCGGGACCCGAGGGCGACCACGAUCUUCAUCAUCUUCGCAUUGAUAUGGGCAGUCAUCAUUUAUAUCACUCCGCUCCAGGUUAUUGCCGUGCUGGUCGGGCUGUACCUGCUGAGGCAUCCGCGGUUCCGGGGCAAGCUGCCUCCUGUGCCGGUCAAUUUCUUCAAGAGAUUGCCGGCCAAGUCAGACAUGCUACUGUAAGGUAGAGUUCAUAUAUAUACGAAUUAACUUCAGAUGCGUCCUGUCCUAUUGAUUCAAUAUAUAUAUAGGACAGUGGUUCACCAAUAAACCUGAAGGAUUGUGGUACGUCAGAGUAAUAAAAUGCCAGCAACUUGCUGUUUCAAGUAGUGAUUGCUGCAGAAAAUUGUACUCUGUGGUAUCUAUCGUAUAGUUUUUCUUUGGAAGAUAAGAGAUAUUGAACGAAUUAGGCGACACAUAUUCAUUUCCUGA